UUGAUUGGUUUAUUUACCUUUGACGUAGACCGGCAUUUUCCCACAACACCCCACUCCAGCUCGCAACGAUGACGAAAAUGGCGGACAGCGGAUCAUCGGUCGAAAUUGUCGAGGGCUGUCGCCUUCCCGUUCUUCGUAAGAACCAGGAACACGAAGACGAGUGGCCAUUGGCUGAGAUUUUAAGUGUGAAGGAAGUGUCUGGGAGAAAGCUCUACUAUGUUCACUACAUUGACUUCAACAAACGUCUGGAUGAGUGGGUCACAGCAGACAGGCUGGACAUGAAGAAACUCCAGUUCCCGAAAAAGGAAGCAAAAACUCCAACUAAGAAUGGUCUUCCAGGCUCCCGCCCCAGUUCACCUGAACGAGAAUUGAGGAAGAGUCUAGAUCUCAACCUACAAUCUGCCACAGCUCCUUCCAGAGGCAAAACCCUCCCCACUCCGGUGCCAUUUGCACAACUUGGCCAAGCGGAGAAACCUGUCUUCGUUCUGGGCCCAGCACACCAGCGGGUUCUGUAUGGUGGGAAUUCACGGUGUUUGCAAGUAAUCAAGGACCUUUUCUUGUGCAGUGAAAAGAGGAAAGUGGAGCCGGUCCCUCUGGUACCGCAGGUGCCUCCUGCCCCCCCAGUGGCCUCCCUGCCAGCUUCAACUGAGGCUUCUCCGGCAGCUGUUUACCCUGCUGCGAGAGAGACCAACACUUUCAAGACCCGAGAAGACCAUGACCAGAUAUCUUCCCUCACGACAAACGGCACUGCUCGAAGGCUCAUCCCCUCUCAGCCCGGCAGGAAAAGGAAAGCUAAUUGUGGACCCACUGAUGAGAUGAUAAAGGUUUUGCAGUAUAACAAGCCUCAAAGCGCCAGUGUCUUUCUACCACCACCAGAGGAUUCACAGGACAGUUCUGAUGGCAUCCCGUCUGCACCCCGUAUGACAGGCAGUCUGGUGUCAGAUCGCAGCCACGACGACAUCGUUACCCGAAUGAAAAACAUUGAGUGUAUAGAACUCGGUCGUCACAGGCUGAAGCCGUGGUACUUUUCUCCGUACCCACAAGAACUAACGUCGCUGCCCAUUCUCUACCUCUGUGAAUUCUGCCUCAAGUACCUCAAAAGUCUAAAGUGUCUACAGAGACAUUUGACAAAAUGUAACCUCCGACAUCCUCCAGGCAACGAGAUCUACCGCAAAGGAACCAUCUCAUUCUUUGAGAUUGAUGGCAGAAAAAAUAAAAAUUAUUCCCAGAACUUGUGUUUACUUGCAAAAUGUUUCCUGGACCACAAAACACUGUACUACGACACGGACCCUUUCCUCUUCUAUGUAAUGACUGAGUAUGACUCCAAAGGCUUCCAUAUAGUGGGCUACUUCUCAAAGGAAAAAGAGUCAACUGAGGAUUAUAAUGUGGCCUGUAUCCUGACAUUGCCUCCUUAUCAGCGGAGAGGUUACGGGAAACUGCUCAUCGAGUUUAGUGAGUGCACAAAAAGUAUGAUGAGCAAAUGGGCAUGUUAUCUAAAAUGUUACCCCAUCAUCUGUCCUUCAGGUUACGAGCUGUCCAAGGUUGAAGGGAAGACGGGCACGCCAGAGAAGCCCCUCUCGGACCUCGGCCUGUUGUCUUAUCGCUCCUACUGGUCACAGACCAUCCUGGAGAUUCUCAUGGACCUUAAACCUGACAAUGGCGAGAGGCCUCAGAUUACCAUCAAUGAGAUCAGCGAGAUCACAAGUGUCAAGAAAGAAGAUGUCAUUUCAACACUGCAGUACCUCAACCUGAUCAACUAUUAUAAGGGCCAGUACAUCCUGACACUGUCAGAGGACAUUGUGGAUGGGCAUGAAAGAGCCAUGCAGAAGAGACACACACGUAUAGAUCCAAAAUGUCUUCAUUUCACACCCAAGGACUGGAGCAAGAGGGGCAAGUGGUAAAGUCUCUCCUUUUGGACAGCAGACGUGAAGCUGGGAUCACAAUGGUUUUGCAAUACAGAAGCCCUUUCUCCAACCCAGGACAAGUUUAAAAAUAAUACCUGCAUCGGCUUUUAUUGUGACUAUCUAUCUGUUCUAUACUGUAUAUUGGGACUCUGAAAGAGACAUGAACAAUGAGAGCAGCAAAUCCUACAACACUCCCUCUGCUGUGUACAAAAGCAACUUCACCAAACUAAAAAGUGUGUGCAAUUCAUAUACGGUGUUAAAUAGUGUACUGUACAUCAAAUCACAAACAUGCUCAAUAGCUAAUGUGCUGGAAUUUCGGGAUAUGAAUUCCUGCAAUGACUUUCAUCAACGGAUGAUAAAACCCUCGUGGAUUUCUGAGUGGAGCAGGGACAUCCAUACCCCCCAUGUUUUAAUCAAUUGAAAAUUCAUCAUUCUUCUGAGGCUCAUUCCUUGAGUGUGCAACAAUAUUGUGUGCCACAUUACUGUGCUUUCGCCUGCAUUUGUUGUCAAGAAAACCAGCGCUCUUGUACAAGACACCCCUAGAACUUUCUAGAACCUUUCUCCAUGUGUUCAGGCUUCAAACCAUCUCCACACCUUGUGUAGUAAUCCUCCUGGCAUAUUUGUCCUUGUAUUUUAGUGGUCAAUUCUAACUGUGCUGAACUCCCUCUUAUGUUGGUUAUUGAAAGCUACUGCACUCGCUUUAUGAUCUGAAUCGCCAAACCCCUCAGAAGUUAGGAAGUUCCUUGCUGCAGGCUGUUUCAACUCUACACACACUUAAAGCAAAUGUAAUUUUGUGAAUUUUAAGGCACCAGUAUACUCAAUAUUUUAUAUUUCCAUAGUGGUAAAACAAUCAAUCACGUUUCCUUAUCUUAAGAGUUGUAUGCAUUUCCAUCUUGAGCCAUUAGCAUUUAUUUUCAAUAUACAAUGAGAUAAAUAACUUCCAGGUUUCGUAACUCCAUGCCAGAUUUGAUUGUAUAACUAACACAAGCCAUGUUGAACUGUAAAGAGUGAUGUAUAUUUUGUGUACAGUUGUGUGUAGUUCUGCUUUUUUGUUUGUUUUACAUACAGUAAACUAACUGCACACUAGGAGAAGAGAUGUGAUAUAUUAGUGUGUGAUUUCUGCUUGUCAGAAAGAGUGCGGAGUUUACUCUUGAAAUAAUGUCCGCAUAUCCAAGUGGAAUAGUUGAGAAUCGAUUGUUUCAUAGGGUUUCAUCCAAACGAGUUGAAAGUAACGUAUUUUGACGUUUUAAACUUAAUUUCAUAUUUUUGACAAAUGAUUUCAUUUUGAUAUCUGUGGAAAAAAAUGAAUGAAAGCGUCCUUUGAACGA